AAACUAUGGAUUUUUGGACUUGAACCUUAUGAUACUGUUAUGGCAGACAGGGGGUUUAAGAUAAAGUCAGACCUCACAAUGAAGAGAUGCUAUUCAGCAAUCCCUCCAAGUGCAGCUAAAGGCAAUCAUAUGAUAUCAGAUGAUGUUGCUGUUACAAGUAAAGUUGCCAAUGUUAGAAUCUUUGUUGAAAAAGCUAUUGCAAGAGUUAAAUGGUUUAGAAGUUUAUCUACUGAACUUACUAUGUUGGAACUGCCAUUGGUUGAUGACAUUCUUAUAAUAUAUUAUGCAUUAGUGAACUUACUUCAUCCAUUGCAAGCUGAGAAAAUUGACAUUGACACAUAA